AUGCUGAAGCUCAAUCUGAAGGCUGUAGAGUUUGAAUUAAAUGUGCAGCUUGCGGAGCUGUUCAAUGUUCCACAGCUGGACCACCUGUCCUGUUUCUACAUCCAGACAAUCUCCAACAGCCGACUCACAGGCAAGCAUCAGUACCAUCAUAGACACGCGAUACGGUCGGCGGAGCGUCCAGUCGAGAAUCACAAAUCUGUGUUCAACAACGAGCGAAUCCUGACCAGAGUGAAGCUCUACGCGAAUCCAAAGGAACACUAUACGCUCUCUGACAAAUGGCUGUACAUCACCUUCUUCGUUCACGACUCGCUAAAUAGCAAGAAAGACAAGCUUGGCACACUUGAGCUCAAUCUGACGGAGUACGUCAACGACCGCGAGCCGAAAAAUCUACGCUAUCUCCUCAAAGACUCAAAGACAAAUGCCAUUCUGCGCCUGUCAGUGUACAUGAAACACCUCAAUAGUGCACAAGAUUAUCGUUAUCACGUCCCAAAAAAAAGCACACAGCAGAUAUACGCGGACCUGAAAGACUCGAUUGAGAACUCCAAGAAGGAGUUCCCCGAGCCGGAGACGCACAAAAACGACUCUGAGACCAUCCUCAACGACAUCAUCAACAAAACGUUCAAGUUCAACUGGCAGUUCAACGGUGUCAAUUACGACGAGUUAUCGCCUAUCGAGUGCGUUAAGGAUAUUACGCAGCGCAACGGGAACGGCUGGAAACGGAACGAACUACCGGGAUGA